CAUUUGCGUAGUCACAGGUGUCAGUAUUGCGCAUGCGCACAUCACGUGAAGACUCAGAUUCUUUUCGAAACGCUUCAGAAACAAGCUAUUAACCAAGCUUUCCUCAUAAUAUGAUUGCUAAUAAGCUAAUUUAGCCAGUUUCCUUCAUUUUGGUAUUUGGUAUUUAAUGGUAAAAAUGAGUCUAGAAUCUCUUUUCGAGCAAAUUCUAUUGACAGAGCAGCAGGUGUCGGAAAAUAUCAAGCAGCUUCAUGAAGUUAAAGCUGCCAUCAAGAGUGUACAGGACAAAAUAAACUCCGCAUGUGAAAAGCUGGAGAUAGCACAUCGCGAACUGGACGAGAAGGCUCAGCUCUUGUCUGAAAACAAACUGCAGCUUGUUUUGAUGACAAAGCGACGAGAUCAACUGGAAAGGCAGAGAGAAGAACUCUUGGAGCUGCAGAGAGAUCUCAAAGAAACCCUGGACAGGCUGAAAAGAGAAUACUGUGAAGAAAGAGAGAAAUUCUUGAAGGAGAUGAUAACUUUCAACAAUAAAUUCAGCCUAAUCAGCAACAGAAAUGCUGUUUUUCACACCCAAACCCGCUCUAAGAUCCAGAGUCUGGAGUUGGAAGCUGAAACUCUACACAAAGAGAUGGACUUGCUGAAGCAAAAGAACACUUUGCUGAGCUCCAUGGAGGCAGAGAAAAGAUCACUAGAAGCUGAGCUCCAGGAUAUACAAUCACAGCUUGCAGAUAUAGAGAGAGAUCUGAAGGAAGCAGUGGCUUUGACAGAGAUUUUGAAGACCGAGAGGCUCAUGGUCCGUCAGAAACCCUUGACAGACAGCACCUGCAUCAGACUCAAGAAAGAACUGGAGUUAUAUAAAGAAGAAGAGCUUGAGCUUCUGCGAGAGACCCUCAGCUCUGAGAUUCACUCCCUGCGACUGUUGCUGGGAAAAGGAUAUUAACCCUUGGAUUUUCAAAGGAAAAAUGGAUUGAGAUGCUUUGGAAUGACCUCAGAUGAGCGAUUUAUACCAGCAUCCCAGGUAUAUUGCUGAACUGAAAUGGUUUUGUAAAAAGCAAUGGUGAAAAAAAUCCUCUUGAUCAUUGAAUAGGUCUUAUCCGCAAUUACAGGAAACGUUUGGUGGAGGUUAUUGCUGCCAAAGCAGGGUCAACAUGUUAUUAAAGCCAAGGGUUCACAUAUGUUUUCUACCCUGAACUGUGAAUGUUUUCAUUGAGGGCAUAUACAGAAUAGGCGUUUAGUUUGUGUUCUUUGUUUAAGCAGACUGUGUUUGUCUAUUGUUAUGACUCAAAUGAGGAUCGGAUCAAAUUUUAUAAACAAUUUAUAUAAAAAUCUACACUGCUUACCAAGGCUGCAUUUAUUUGAUCAAAUAUACAGUAAAAACAGUAAUUGAUAAAUAUUAUUACAAUUUAAAAUAACUGUUUUCUAUUUUAAUGUAUUUUAAAGUUUUAUUUAU